AAUACACCGGAAGUUUGCCACAGGUCGACGAAUCAUCUUCGAGUGUUUCCCUGGCAUUUCCUGUGUCAGUUAGAAGCAGCAGUGGGAAGGGUAAAGAGUGGUGACAAACAUCUGAAGGGGUUUCUUGGACCAAACUGAGACACUGAUCAGCAAUGCAGAGAAGGGAGAUGGAGGACCCAGUUGCUGAUAGCAGUGCAGAUGAUACGGAGGAGAGCACCGUGGCAUCUGAGAUGACCAAUAGCCCUAAAGAAAUCGAAACGCAGUCGGACGGCACACCGACCAACAAUGCUCAGACUGAUGAAGGCUUGGCAGAGGCCGGUGCGAUUUCUGCUUCCUGUGACAUGGCUGAGGAACUGUGCAGACAGCUAGAGGACAUCCUCAGCACCUAUUGUCAUGAGCAUGGUGGUGUUGGCAGCGAUGAUGUGGCAGUGACCAAUGGCCAGCCUGACGGCGUGGAAGUGAACGGGCUGUCUGAGAGAGAGGAUGGCAAACAGGUGGAAGCCAAACUGAAUGGCAAUGGAUGUGUGGAGAAGGACCCGAAGAAGCUGCAAGACAAGAAGAAAGUGAAGGGACUGGGCAAAGAGAUAACCCUUCUAAUGCAGACUCUCAACACACUGAGUACUCCAGAGGAGAAGCUGGGUGGUCUCUGUAAGAAGUAUGCUGAGCUGCUAGAGGAGCACCGUAACGCUCAGAAACAGAUGCGAGCCCUGCAGAAGAAGCAGACGCAGCUAAUCCAGGAGAAGGACCACUUAAGAAAUGAGCACAGCAAGGCCAUCCUGGCGCGCAGCAAGCUGGAGAGUCUCUGUCGAGAACUGCAGAGACACAACCGCACACUUAAGGAGGAUGGUGUGCAACGUGCCCGUUUGGAGGAGGAGAAAAGGAAGGAAGUGACCUCACAUUUCCAGGUGACACUGAAUGACAUCCAAGCACAGAUGGAGCAGCACAACGAGCGUAAUGCAAACCUAAGACAGGAGAACAUGGAGCUGGCUGACAAACUAAAGAAACUUAUUGAGCAGUACGAGCUCAGAGAGGAGCAUAUUGACAAGGUGUUCAAGCACAAAGAUCUGCAACAGCAGCUGGUAGAUGCAAAGCUUAAUCAGGCACAGGCACUGCUCAAGGACUCAGAGGGCCGCCAUCAGAAGGAGAAAGACUUUCUCCUGAAAGAGGCAGCUGAGUCUCAGAGGAUGUAUGAGCUCAUGAAACAGCAGGAGGUUCAUCUGAAACAGCAGCUCUCAUUGUACACCGAGAAAUUUGAAGAGUUUCAAAACACACUUUCCAAAAGCAACGAGGUGUUCACAACUUUCAAACAAGAGAUGGAAAAGAUGACCAAGAAGAUUAAGAAGCUGGAGAAGGAAACAACCAUGUACAGAUCACGAUGGGAGAGCAGUAACAAAGCUCUGCUGGAGAUGGCAGAGGAGAAAACACUACGAGACAAGGAGUUUGAAAGCCUGCAGGUGAAGGUGCAGCGACUGGAAAAGCUCUGUCGUGCGCUACAGAUAGAGCGUAAUGAGCUAAGUAAGAAGGUUCAGGGUGUUUCCAUAGGCAGUGAGAAUAGGCCAGAAACAGAGACGGGGUCACCACCAGAAGCGAUAGACUCAGAAGAGGGGAGCCCUGUCCAUCAGAACAGCCCAGAGACUCCACAAAUGGCUUGUAGCCCGGCGUGCCACUGCGGGCCAGAUCUGGAGGCCGAGAGUCACAGAGAGGUGUGCUCAACCCAGGAUUGAGUCUAGCUGUCUCUGGAGGGCCAGGACACACACACAAUCCUUCCCAGCUCUACCAGACCCCCGACCCUCCAUCAGCAGUCGGCGUCUGUAGUUUUCUGCGUCUGUGAUAGAACUGCUGACUCGUCUGCUUUUGGGGGUUUUCAUUGUGUCAGGGAAGAUUGUGCCUUCAACAUGAUUCCUAUGCUGCGUUUAUACUCUUUGGUUUUUAUGUGGCUUGCUCUAUCCCACUUUAUUCCCGAGAAAAUUCCAUAUUUGCAUUUAGAGGGGCAUGGAUGUUGCUGCUGUCUUGGAAUGCCUAGUGUUUGUCCAUUAAAUGCUUGUCUCUUUUCAGUUUGGCUGGAAAAAAAAAACCCGUAAAGAAUCUUAACAGAUGGAUUGCUGUAAUUGAGGGAAAGUUAUUUGCCAUGAAACAGCAGUUGU